AGAAUGAAUUUCAGGAUUAUCUGUUAAAUCAAGCAAGGCAUCUUGGGCUGAGUGACGACUUUGGUCCUUUGGAAUCUGCACAUAUUUUCACCUGGAAACACGCAAAGAUGGAUGCAGAUGGGGAAAAUAAAAAGCUGCGCACACGCUCAAAAGGAACCAAGGUUCAAGUGGACUCUAUAGCUCAAGAGCUCAGUGCCUACAAAUGCUCCAUGGCUAAGAAGAGAAAAGCCGAAGAACAGAUAUCAGGCGUUCCCGUCAACAAAAGGAAGUCCCUGUUAAUGAAACCCCGCCACUACAGCCCCAGCUUGGAAUGCAAAGAAGAAAAUGAAGACAGGACAGAUUUACAGGAAGAGAUCGGUGUCCUCGAAAGCAACUCAACUCCAGAGGAAAGUACUCCAAAAUCAUCUGAGGAAACCCCUCAUUCAGGUGGGCAAGAAAAUUCCAGUCAAAGAAAAGAUAACUACUCCAGCUAUCAAGGUGCCAUGGGCAAAUCUUUGAUGAACAUGGGAAAAUUAGCAAAAGAUGCACCCAGUCAAACAAUGACAGAAAAUCUAAAUGAUAGCGGCAUUCAAUCCUUGAAAACAGAAAGUGAUGACACUGAUGAAUGUUACAUGAUUAACUCAGCUGAAGGAAAGGAGAAGACUGUUAUUUCUGACCCAAAGUACUGUUCAUCUGAGGAAAAUGAAAGUAACUCUGAAAUUAUGGACAACGAGUGGGACAGCUCUUCAAAUUUCUCAGAAGAAACUAGUGUAAUAAAACCCCAUGUAACUCAGAAGUAUAUUGUAGAGUGUAAUCAACCUAGUAUCCUGGAAGUCCCAGAAAUUAAGAAGGAAGAGGUAGAAUUUGGCCCUUGUGAAACACUUUGUGACUCAGAAACAGAGUUAAGAGCACCCCAGGAGUCCCACCCAGAUCCUUUCGAGAAGAGAAUUCAGAAUCCCUUCCCUGAAAGUGAAGAAGACGACAACGAGUGCCUGUCAGAAACCACAGAAGUGUCAGUUGAGCUGGACAAAACAAAAGGGAACUUGAGUUUGCUGGAACAAGCAAUCGCUCUGCAGGCAGAGCAAGGGCAUGUGUUUCACAGCACCUACAAGGAACUGGAUAGGUUUCUUCUGGAGCAUCUAGCAGGGGAAAGGAGACAAACCAAAGUUAUUGACGUUGGUGGGAGACAGAUAUUUAGCAACAAACAUUCACCCAGGCCUGAAAAGAGAGAAACCAAAUGUCCCAUCCCAGGAUGUGAUGGCACAGGGCACGUGACUGGGCUGUACCCUCACCACCGCAGCCUCUCAGGCUGCCCACAUAAAGUUAGAGUGCCACUAGAAAUUCUUGCCAUGCAUGAAAACGUUUUGAAGUGCCCCACGCCAGGAUGCACUGGAAGAGGACAUGUCAACAGCAAUCGCAACACACACAGAAGCCUUUCUGGUUGUCCAAUUGCUGCAGCUGAAAAGCUGGCAAUGUCCCAGGAAAAGAACCAGCUCGAGCCUCCAAAAGCUGGGCAGUGCCACGACCAGACUCACAGGACAAAUUUAGCGAAGCAGCCUGAGGUAUCUCAGUACAAUUACAGAACUUCACAGCCAGUCACCUCCUCUAGAGCCACUCUGGCGAAAGAACAGGAGAAGUUUGGGAAAGUACCAUUUGAUUAUGCCAGCUUUGAUGCACAAGUCUUUGGCAAACGCACAACAGCACCUGUGGCACAAGGACGAAAAACACCCCAGUUCCUUGAAUCAAAGCAUUUUUCAAAUCCAGUGAAAUUUUCUAAUCGACUGCCUAGUGCUAGCGCCCACACACAGAGCCCUUGCCAUGCCAACUCUUAUAGCUACGGUCAAUGUAGUGAAGACACCCACAUAGCAGCAGCUGCUGCUAUCCUGAACCUUUCCACCCGCUGCAGGGAAGCAGCAGAGAUCCUCUCCAACAAACCACAGAGUCUGUCUGCCAAGGGAGCUGAGAUAGAAGUGGAUGAAAACGGCACUCUGGAUUUGAGCAUGAAAAAGAACCGAGGCCAAGACAAAGUUAUGCCUCUCACUUCUUCCAGCACAGCACUUCCUACUCCUUCCUCUUCUCCUUUCAAAACAAGCAGCAUCCUGGUAAAUGCAGCCUUCUACCAGGCUCUUUGUGAACAGGAAGGCUGGGAUACACCAAUCAACUACAGCAAGACCCAUGGCAGGAAAGAAGAAGAAAAAGAGAAAGAUGCAGUGAGCUCUCCAGAAAACAUGGAGGAAAAGAAAUAUCCAGGAGAUGUCUCCAUACCAAGUCCUAAACCCAAGCUCCAUUCAAGAGAUCUCAAAAAGGAACUCAUCACCUGUCCGACUCCAGGAUGUGAUGGUAGCGGUCAUGUAACAGGAAACUAUGCCUCACACCGCAGUGUUUCUGGGUGCCCAUUAGCUGACAAGACCUUAAAAUCCCUUAUGGCUGCUAACUCUCAGGAGCUUAAGUGCCCGACACCUGGCUGUGACGGCUCUGGCCACGUGACGGGGAACUAUGCAUCCCACAGAAGCUUAUCUGGUUGUCCUCGCGCCAGGAAAGGAGGUAUCAAAGUGACUCCUACCAAGGAAGAAAAAGAAGACCCUGAACUUAAAUGUCCAGUGAUAGGCUGUGAUGGCCAAGGUCACAUAUCAGGUAAAUACACUUCUCAUCGCACUGCUUCUGGUUGUCCUUUGGCUGCCAAGAGACAGAAGGAGAGUCCCGUCAAUGGGUCUUCACUAUCCUGGAAACUGAACAAACAAGAGCUGCCACACUGUCCUUUGCCAGGCUGCAACGGGCUGGGUCAUGUUAAUAAUGUUUUUGUCACCCACAGAAGCCUGUCUGGUUGUCCUCUGAAUGCACAAGCCAUAAAAAAGGGCAAAAUUUCGGAAGAAUUAAUGACUAUCAAGCUUAAAGCAAGUGGUGGUAUUGAGAGUGAUGAAGAAAUCAGACACUUGGACGAGGAAAUAAAAGAACUGAACGAAUCCAAUCUUAAAAUUGAAGCUGACAUGAUGAAACUUCAAACCCAGAUCACAUCUAUGGAGAGCAAUUUGAAAACAAUAGAAGAAGAGAACAAACUCAUAGAGCAGAACAACGAGAGCCUGUUGAAGGAGUUAGCUGGCUUAAGCCAAGCCCUCAUCUCCAGCCUCGCUGACAUUCAGCUUCCACAGAUGGGGCCAAUCAGCGAGCAGAAUUUCGAAGCAUAUGUAAAUACACUCACAGACAUGUACAGCAAUCUGGAACGGGACUAUUCCCCCGAAUGCAAAGCUCUGCUGGAAAGUAUCAAACAGGCAGUGAAGGGCAUCCAUGUGUAGGAUGUGAAAGCUGCUGGGCAACAGAAAUUACUUAACAGCAGUAAACUCCAGAUGGAUCUGUUAGGAGUUCAUG